UAACUGCCGCGUUAACUAUCUGCCUUAACUGUGUGAUUUAGUUGGGGUGGAGUUGGCGGUAAUAUAAGUCUUGUUGGCGAGCGUGGCGCUCUACUGCCGCAGAGGCAGCGGGGCGCCAUGUUUACGGGGACUCUGCCCCUGGUAGUAUUUUUGGCAACCUUUGCUUAUGGUGGGAAAGAAAAACCGGUUUUCAGUGACGAAAUCAAAGAAAUAAUACAAACUGUUCACGACGAGUGUGUUGCUAAAACAGGGGUCGCGGAGGAGGAUAUAACGAAUUGCGAAAACGGCAUAUUUAAGGAGGACCCGAAAUUGAAGUGCUAUAUGUUUUGCCUGAUGGAGGAAGCGAGCCUCGUAGAUGAUGAUGAUGCUGUGGACUACGACAUGUUGGUCAGUCUGAUACCCGAAGAAUACGUUGACCGAACCACCAAAAUGAUAUUUUCUUGUAAACAUCUUGACACUCCGGACAAAGACAAAUGUCAGAGAGCAUUUGAAGUACAUAAAUGCUCUUAUGAAAAGGACCCUGAUGAUCAGGAUUUAUGCAACGCUCUCAAUUUCCUGCGACGACAGCGGAACAUCCGGCAUGCAACGCGCCCCUCGCCCCCGGGCUCCCCGCCGCCGCCGCAGCCGCCACCGGCCCGAGCGUAAAAUGGAGCGCGGGCAUUUGCAUAGCGGCACUCGAGCCGAGCGGACCGGCAAAUUGUUGUCGCAUCAAUGACUCGAUCAAUACGCCAUAUCUAUCUUCGACUACUCCUGGUGUUUUGUCGUACUGUAUUCACAGAAAUAUCAGAAUGAUGAAAAUCUUUGCAGCGACAAAAGUUAGUUACGGGGAGAAGAUACAUCGUUUUCAGAGAAAAACUUCAGUAAAAAACAUUACAAUGUUUUCUACUUUCUAAAUGUUGUAUGUUCUUGUUGUUAUUUUAUGUGUGAAGUUUCAGUAAAUUAAAUUUUCUUUUCCUAA